AUGUCAGAUGUCUUCGGUGACCAGGCAACAGGUGAUUUCCGUGCCGGAAGUGGACAGUUCGUUGGCGCCAAGAUGAACCCCAAAGGCAGGAAAUCUCUGCAGAUACUUACUGGCGUUCUUGUUUUUUAUAGUACUUUGCUGUUGUACCAGACGAUUGCGAGGGGUAGUGAAGGAGAGGUACUCGGAAGCGAAAAGUUAUCAGCCAAAACACACCACAGAGAGAGAAAUUUGGCCGAAGACCGGUCGCCUAUCGAUGAAAUACCUCAAGAAGUGACCAGCGAAAUUUCUGCGUCCGCCACUGCCACCAUAAAACCGCCCAUGACCGUUCUGGACGACGUUUUCAUCAGCGUGAAAACCACCAAAACGUACCAUAACAAGAGACUGCCGAUCAUUUUGAAAACCUGGUUUCAGUUGGCUAGAAAACAGGUAUGA